AUGUGCAUAUUUUUGUCUUCUGCAGCUGGGUUGCUUCUCGGUGUUCUGUUCUUGUCUGCAACAUGUGAAUUACUCGAACAGCAGAGUAUCGGUGCCAUGAUUGGAGCUGCUGCGACCGCAAUGGCCAGGGAUUUGAAGACUUUCAGGGAAUCUGUAGAUGCAGAUGCCUAUUCUGAAAAAUCUUCUUUCAAGAGUAGGCCACCAUGGAAGGCGUCGUCAUUUUUGGAGCUAUCAGUCGAGGCCUUGUUCCGUCUGGUAAAUCUUGCAGAGGAAUAUGAAGAGCUAGAAAGCGAGCUGAGCAAUCUUGAAGACCUGUGUACCAGGCAACAACGCAAAACGGAUUGGAGCAAGGCGGAGUGGUCCGAGUGUUUCCAGGCUAAGCGCGAGGUUUCGACAAUGAUAAGACAGCUGCGACUCCAAUUGUGGGAAGCUGCAAACGAAAUCAAGUAUUACACAUCGAAGCACAACGAAUGGAACCCAGGAAACCAAUUGUAG